CCGCCACGAGCAGGGAGAGCUAAGCUGUCCGUACGAGCCUGCAAAAGUUCUCAUCUUGUUAAGCUAGAUCUACUCAUCGCGAUGAGCGACCAGACCCAGCCCGUCCGCCCCGGCGACGUGUACCCGCCCACCGCCGCCGGCAAGGACGCCCGGCGCCAGCGCGAGCGCGACGAGUUCCUAGCCCGUGAGCAACAGCCGCAGCAGCAGACCGAUGGUGGCCUUCGGGUCACCGAGGCUGACCAACACGACGGGACUCACGUCGUGACCGCCUCAGCCGGCGGCCAGCUGAUUGCGCAGUUCACCGCGCCGACGCCGGGCGAUACGACGGACGACGCGGUGACCAUCGGCGAGGCGCUUCAGGCCGCCGCGAGUGACGCGCCCGUGGGUCUGGCGGACGCCGCCGCUGCGGAGGCUGCUGAGACGCGCGCGACUGGGCUGGGACGUGUCGUACCCGGUGGCGUGGCGGCGGCCGCGCAGAAGGCCGCCGAGACGAACAUGAGGCUGGGCGGCGGCGUCGGGGACGCCGACGAGGAGAUGGUGCGGCUUAGGGACGUGGUGGGUAGCGCCACGGCGGUGCUGCCUGCGAACAAGGCGGUCACGAGAGAGGACGCGCGUAAGGUAGCGGCGGCAGCUGAGAAGAAUUCUGCGGGAGGAGGAGGAAGUGACGUCGCUGAUGCGGUGGCCGCGGCCUCCGAGAUGAACAAGGGGAAGAUGACGCGGUAGACUAGCUAAUUGUAGCACGUACGUGACCAACUGACCAUUGACCGUACGCAAUAAAAAUGGGGAGGGCCGAGACAUCAGGCCACUGAUUUUUAUUAAGUCUAAGUUGAUAUCUUA